AUGACUUUGGAGAAUGACAUACAGCACUCUUUGGACGAGUUCAGUUUUAUUGAAAACUGUUUAGAGAUUUUGAUUGACUUUUGCAAUGAAAGUACGACUAUGGAGAGAUAUUUAGAACCUAAUAUGCCGCCUACUGUAUUGGAGAGAACAACAGAACUUGAAGUGCGAUCGCAAAAGUGCCAAGAGAUCAAUGUGUCGCCGACCUAUGAGUUUCAAAAGGCCCCACCAACGGCCGAUCUUAUAAUUUCGAUCGCCGACGUUAUAACUAACAUCACAUUGAUUAAAAGUAGCCCGAUACAGGCGUGGAAUGAAAGGGGGAUUUUUAGAGUGAUGUUCAGGUGUAUCAACCGUGACAGCUUAGAAAGUGAUCGAGUCAACGGUGGCAUAUGCAGAGCUCUGUGCGUCGCUUCAACAUGCAAGUCCGUGCGAACUCUCCUCGCGGGAACCAAAGACUGCUUUCAUAGUUUGAUUGAUACUUUGCGUCCGUUUCAAGAAUUAAACAAAACUGGACUGUUUGCGCGUGCGCAGGCGACGCUUUUACUCGCGUUUUUACUUUCCGACCACUCAGCUAGCAACACCUUGUGGUGUGAAAUGAAAGAGAACAAAUCUACAUCUUUGCUGGAGAUGCUGUUGCAGUUUUUGGAAAGUGAUCUUAUUGAUUUACAAUCAGCCGCCACGUUUUGUCUCACACGAUUGGCUCAAACAAUAACACGCAAGGAAAGGUCAAAACAAGAUUCUUGUGUCCGUUUUCUGGACAAUUUAAAAGUUCGGGGAAUGCCUCGGGACCCGUUAUCAGCUGGCGACGGGUUGAGAAAUGGCGAUUGUCAACCGGAUUACAUCGUGGAGGAGAUGUGCAAAGUGUUGAUGGAUUUGUUCAAAGGGCACUUGGACAGCAAGAAGUAUCUAGUUAACCAAGACGAGAACUGGUCAUCGCUAUGCUCGUGCCUGUCGUCUUUGCUGUCAGUCAGCCCCCGGUGUCGUCAGUACGCGGUGCACCGUCAUUUUCCUAAAGUGCUGAUACUCACGCUGCAAGCCUUUAGGGACAAGCUGUCUCUACACGGCAAACCCGCUGAUGUUAUACGGAAUGCUAACUCGGAGCCAAUUCUGAACAAUCUGAACUGGGUUUUAACCCUAAUAAACAGUUCUAUGUUGGACUGUGUUUCCUGUAAGGAUUACCUGUCCGAUGACAUCGCGGUGUCCCUAAAUAGGCUGUGGCCGUGGUGCAUGAUGACGGAGCAGCUACGAAAUGCCAUUAUGCAAUUACUACUGACAUUUACCAACGACUGUUCUAAAGCGUGGAGCAGUUUAUGUGCCUGUGUGUCCGGACGCAGUUUGGCUGGCGAAGUGUGCGCGCUGGUCGGUCGCGAGGCUUCCCGCCCCCGCGCGACUCCCCUUCUGCCUCUUGCUCUAAAAGUGUUCACUCACUGUGUCCCACAUCAACAUUGCCGGUCGCUUAUACUCAAGAGUGAUGUACUAUCGUGUGCAUGUAAGCUGCGCGCGCGCGGGAAUAUUAAUACUUCUUGCAGCGAGGCCUGGGUUAAACUAUGUGAAGCGCUGAGUCGACAUGCAGAUGGCGCGGCUGCUCUUUUGGCAGUGCUGUCCUCUCCCACGCUCAGGCCAAUACCACCUCGUUUACUCACCUCACUCGCUCACGCGGCUCAUCAUCAGCGGCUUAUCUUCUUGCAGUCACAGGAUCUCCUGGAGGUGUUAUCUGGCUCGCUGUUAACGGGAGACACAUCGGAGAUUGUUUCAGCGUGUCGGGCUGUUUGGGCACUCGCCGCAAAUAAUCAUAGGGCGAAACUGGUGUUGCGCAGCGCUGGCAUCACCACAGCAGUGCAGUCAACAAUGCAGCGUUUACAGAAGUCCCAUGACGAAGCGUCUCAACGAGCUUUUGAGCUGCUGAACUAUACUUAUAAUGUGUUGCAGGCAACGUGA